AUGCGACCAAGCCAGCUGAUCGAGAGCACAAGGAGAAAAUAUCCCUUUUUGAUCAUGGUUUUGGAGUUUCAGAUGAUGGCAGGAUGGCAGCAUAGUUUGGAUGUGAGGGUGAGGCACAGCUUCACAGUAGGAUUACAGAGCGAGGACAGGGCCAGUGAGAGAUCUUGUGGCCCGUCGGAUCGGAGCGCAGCUUCAGUGCCAAACCAUCAGGCUGGAGCGGUGCUGUAUCAUCUGUCCAUCAGUCUUGCUCCCUCCCUGACCCAGAGAAACUUGGCCCUCAGAGUCCAAAGGUUUGACAACGGAUAUGAUUAUCAGUUCUCCUUUUGUCCUAAGAAAUUUCUCUGCCUUGGUAGUAACUGGAGCACCUUCAAGAUGAUGGUGGAAACUUUAUACAGAGCAUCCCAGACAAGCCAUGUCUCUGGGCAUCAUAGGACAACGUUUGAUGUGAAGAAAUUGCUGACCCUGUGGACCCUGCUAUGUGGUGGUGUUGUUGUGCUUCUUUGGGGGUUUUUCAGUUUCCCUAGAAAAUUUGGAACCACAAGAUUAAUAAGAAACAAGACAUGUGAUGAUGAAGCAAAGAUAUGCAUGAAUGCCUGGCAUAAAAUUAACCAGAACUGCUUCUUCCUUAUCCAACAUGAAAACUCAUGGCCCAUUGCAAAGCAGAACUGUGAAAAUUUAGAAGCACACCUGGCUAAGUUCAACAACAAGAAUGAACUGGAAGCUUUGAUGAGCCUUGUAAAUGAAGGAUCUUCAUAUUGGAUUGGACUGAACAAACGAAAUUUGGACACACUCUGGCUUUGGACAGAUGGAACAAAAUACAAUGAUUUGAAGGAAAUUCAUGAUUACGGAGAGUGUGCAUUCCUGCACAAACGGGGCAUAGACAGUACCACCUGUGAUGACCUGAGAGACUCUAUCUGUAUGAAAGUAGGCCAGUGUCCUUGAAGGUUUCUUCC